AUGGAAUCUCGUCCAGGUUGCCGCAUUUUGGUGCUUAGUGCGUGUCUUCUCUUCGGGACCAGAAACACCUUCUGCCCUGGAUAUGGUCACUAUAGUCUCCACAGCCUUGUUUCACGGACUUCUCGCUCUCAAGCGAAGUCCUUUGAAAGCCCCGUGGGUCUCUCAGAACCAAAACAGGUGCAGUCGGUGCAAUCAACUCGUUCACAGCGAGGCAGGCUCGGUGCUUCUCCAGAUGACAAGGGCUUCAGUGAGCUAAAAAAGCAGCUGAACAUCAAAGCCGUUGGACAGGGGAGAGGCAGCUUCAUCCUGGAAAUGGGAGGAGUGAAGAUUUUGGUAAAUCCAAAUCUUGAGGGUUCCAGAGUGAAACCUGAGACCGUUCAUGAGGAUUUUGAUUACGUCUUCCUCACUUCCGAAGAGCCCGAAUUCUUCCACCGUGAGACCGUGAACAAGAUGAAGCUCACGAAGGUGAAGUUUGUAGCAUCCGCCAAAGCCGGACAGGAACUCACAAAAAUGAUGGUGCGAAACCUGGCAGUUCUGCAAAAUGGACCGGGCGGGCAAUGCUACUUGCAAAGCCGGGACAAGUCUGGUGCUGCUAUUGGCAUCCUGUCUGCGCCGGGCGCUGGUGGUAUGCCGUGGGAGCGGCAGGAGCAGGCCUUCGUCUUUGUGAAUUUGGAGAACGGUGCAGCAGUGGCUUAUGAAGCUUUCGGCCAAUAUCUCGGAAAAGGGGCCGCAUCAAGCAAGCCCGGUAUUCCUGAGGAAGCAUACCAGGUGGAUUAUCUCAUCACCCCGGAUUUGCGAGAAGCUGCUGGAGUUGCCUCAGGACUUGCAGAGAAAGGUGCCAAACUAAAAGCAGUUCUGCGUCUUCCUGGUGAGGGUAACCCACUGGAUGAGGACGUAAACCCUCUCACGGCCUUGGACCGAGCGUUUGGCAUUGAGGACAAAGCAGAAGAUUUUCAAGCCUUCUUGAAGGGCGAAAGCUCUCUUGCUGAAACAAAUCUUGUUAUGCUAAAGACUGAUGAGGAGCUCGCUGCUGUUGCAACUCAACUUCCAGAUGUCCGCUGGCUGGGGCGGCAAGUCUUCAUGUGGUGUGGCAAUCCCAAAGAGGAUUUGUGGAACGACUUCACAGCCCUCCACCAGAACGAGACGACCGACUUAGAGAAGCAGGAGCAUCGCAACUAUUUUGGCGAGAAAGCCCUUCGAUUUGGAGGUGUUGACAUUGUCCUGCGCACCUUGGCGCUUUUCCGAGCAGACGAACGCGUCGGAUACCACGGAGUUGUGUCUUUGUUCACCGAGCCUUUGCAGGGACGGGCACGAUCGAUUCUGCACUACGCUGCACGUACGGCAUUCUUUUUACAACGGGAGAACUUUUCCAAACACAUUGCUCCCAGAUUCGUCAGUUGCACCGGCAAAGAUCCGGACAGAUUGCAAUUGACGCCUCAACAGAUUGCAAAUACAAUGCUAGUCCUGGUGGCUCCGCCCCAAACGCCUCGGAAGCUGCAGGCCUUUCGCCUUGUAAUGAAUAGAUUUGGGGCCUUUUUGGCGACUUCUGUGGAAGACAUGGCAUGUAGUAUUUGUGGCACAUCAACUGGAUGGGAGGAGGUCUUCUGCAAUGCAGACAUUCGUGGUGCAGCUCGAGUGCUGUGGCACUUGUGUGAGGACAUGGGGCCUCCUUUUCCUCCAAGAGGACGAGGUUCCAGAUGCCACGCGGAGAUGCUCUUGGAGGCCCAGCAUCUACAGCUGGUUCGCCCAUUGGACGCUUUUGAAUUGGAGCUAGAGGGAGCCCAUGCACAGGACCCUUUGGUGGAGGAGAACUACUCAUUUCGCGAGCUUGUGCAACGGUGCGUUGCACGCCGUGCUUUUGAGAAUUCUGGUCUAAAGCUUUUGUGCGAGGCAGUGGGCAUCGGCUUUCAUCCGUUGCCAGAGGGCCCUGAAGAGGAGGCUUUGAGAAUGGCCGCCCAGCAGGACCAUCAGGCAAUUUUUGCCCUGAGUCUGGCGUGCACACACCUGGCGGAGGAUUUCCAUGUGUCAAAGCGGAGCAGGGAGAGCUUGUGA